AUGUCCAACUUAAAGGUUUGUUCGGGAUGUUAUCAAGAAAAAAAUAUAAAUGAAUUUUCGAGCAGCAGCAAAAACAUUAUAAGAACUACUUGUAGUAGAUGUAGAAAAAAUGCCAGCUUGCCUAGUCAUCUUCCUGAUAUUAUGUAUGUAUAUUUAUUAGAAAUAAAUGAAAUGAAUGAAACAAGUGAAUUUUUAGAAAAUGAAAGUGCUCGACUUGUUAUUGGAGAAAUUUUAAAUCUGGAACCUUUGAUCGAAGAGUUGCCGGUUACACUAACUGAUGAAGAAAGAGAUAAAGAGAUUGCUACGAAAAUCAUUUCUUUAGCUUCAUAA